AUGUCCACCGCUGCGCGUAAUCCCGCGCGUGGGCGUCGCUUAGACGACGCCCUCUCCCAACUAGUCGACGGGCUGACCCCCGCGCUCCCGAUCUCCGCCAUCCAAAACGAAGACUACUCCGACGAAGAAGAAGCCCUCGCCUCAGCCGAGAACCGCAGACACAAUGCCCUUCUAGAGCGUGCCUGGCGCAUCCUCGAUACCCACACUGGUACCAAUGCUCCGGAAACCGGGUCGCCUGCAGGGGCGGGAGGGCGACGCGGGAGUUUCGCGAGUGCGGAGAGCGUCAACAACGCGCCGGAUCUCAUUAAGCGGAAGUUGCGGCGGGAGAAUGAAAGUCCAGAUAAAGCUGUGCGCUUUUCGAAUCUCUAUUCUCGUCUUUUGACGCAGCCUGUGUUGUCGCAGAAAUGGGGCAUUCUGUUCUUGCUUUAUAAGUUGUCCGCUUCGAAUGAGCCUGCGGAAGGUCGGGCGCGGAGUCGUAGUCCUUUGAUGGAUGAGGGACAUUUGCAGAAUAUGUUGGGUAAGGAUGGUCGGCCUAGGCGGGCUGCUGCGAUUGACUCGGAGGAUGAGGGUCCUGCUGUUAGCUCGUCGGCUUCGCAGGCAUAUCAACGAGUGCCUCCGGCGAAGAUGGAGCGACAGAGCUCAUUACGACGUGAUGUUGAUCGUGGUGAUGCAGAAACCGCCAGUCGUGGUACGACGGAAAGACCACUCACGGCGAAUCGUGUUGACGGCGCAAACGAUCGCAGCAGUGACGAGCAAGCUCGUGCUUCAUCGCCGCGGCCUUCAAGUGCGGGCCAGGCUAAACCUACCGGAUCAGUUGAGCAUCAAUUGUUACGUGACUUGCCCUUCAACCUACAAGGAUUAUCUUCCUCAAACUUACAGUUCAGCUCUGCGUCGAUCUUGAAACUGCCCUCAAAUCUGCCUGCGCCAAUAAAUUCACUUCUGAAUGCACUGGCAGAGCCUUGUUUGCUCUACAAAGGUCUUUCUGUCUUCAUGGAGAGCGAAGAAGGCGGACUCGUGAACCAGAGCCUACGAGCCGCCAUUGCAAUUGAGCUUCGAGCAUAUCUCAGCUUGGUCGCCACGUUGGAAGCGGAAAUUCGACAGGCUUUGGCUGCAAUCGGAGACGGAACAGAGCCUCAGGGCAUCAGAAAAGGCGGCGUUACUCUGAAACGUUGCGUGGUAUGGACGAGAGAUGCUACAAUGGCUCUUCGACUGAUGAGCCUUAUUGUGGAGGAGGCUCAAAAUAAAAGAGGUGGUCAAUUAAUUUCCUUGAUCCACGGGUUUUCAACAUCACAUGGAGAUCCGUUCGUGUGUGCCUUUGCUGAGAAGCUUCUCGCACAUGUGACCCGACCAUUCUACGAUAUGCUACGCCUGUGGAUUUACGACGGCGAGCUAUCAGAUCCAUACAGGGAAUUCUUCGUCGUUGAUCCAGAGUUCCGGCCGAAGACAGAUCCCCGUCGAAUCGCAACAAGUGUCUGGGAGGACAAAUAUAAGCUUGACGACAGUAUGGUGCCAUCAAUCAUCACCCAGGAGUUUGCAAAGAAGAUUUUCUUAAUCGGAAAAUCCCUCAACUUCAUCCGCUACGGCUGCGGCGACUCUGCUUGGGUGGAGGCAUAUUCCAAGAAAGCCUCCAAAGAGCUACGAUAUGGCGACACCGCGACUCUGGAAAUUUCCAUCGAUGAAGCAUACAAGACUACCAUGGCUCGAUUGAUAUCCCUGAUGAACGGGAAGUUCAAUCUCUUUGACCACCUCAAAGCGCUGAAGAGUUACUUGUUGCUAGGCCAGGGAGACUUCAUUGCCCUGCUCAUGGAGUCGCUCGCCUCGAACCUGGAUCGACCUGCUAAUUCUCAAUAUCGACACACACUGACUGCACAGUUGGAGCAUGCAAUUCGUGCCUCCAACGCUCAAUAUGAUACCCCAGAAGUGCUGCGCCGACUUGAUGCCCGUAUGCUCGAGUUGAGCCACGGUGAAAUCGGGUGGGACUGCUUCACGCUCGAAUACAAGAUCGACGCCCCUGUGGAUGUCGUCAUUACACCUUGGGCGUCAACCCAAUACCUAAAAGUGUUCAACUUCCUGUGGCGCAUCAAGCGCGUUGAAUUCGCACUCAACAGCACCUGGCGUCGAUGCAUGACGGGUGCGCGAGGCGUGCUCGGUAAUGUGGAAGAUAAAGUUGGAGCGGACUGGAAGCGUGCACGAUGUGUGAUUGCAGAAAUGAUCCACUUUGUCAACCAGCUCCAAUACUACAUCCUGUUUGAAGUCAUCGAAUCCAGCUGGGACCAGCUACUGGAAGCCAUCCGGAAGCCUGGUUGCACACUGGAUGAUUUGAUUGAAGCACACACCAAAUACCUCAAUUCCAUCACACACAAGGGCCUACUUGGAUCCGUGUCCACACGUGGCGCUUCAACCUCAGGUUCUGCCAAACCACCCGAAGAAAGCUUCCUCAGCCAGCUCCACCAGAUCCUCAAGGCAAUGCUUACAUACAAAGAGUUCGUCAAUGGCUUGUAUUCUUUCUCCGUGGCCGAAUUCACCCGCCGCCAGGAAAUCAACGCCAAGAUCGAAACUCGCGCUUCACAGGGUCAGUGGGGGAGCACGGAACGCAAUCUUCUAUCACGACAGUCUAGCCGCGGUGGAACCUCCAUGGCCUCGACACCAGACGUGCGACCCGACAGUGCCGGAGUAGACGGGGUCAAUACCCCAUUGUCUCUCGGAGGUCAAAACCUCACUGUCGACGACGACAUCCUUCGCCGACUACGCGAAUCUUUGGAAGUCACCUCCCAAGAAUUCCAGGCACGCCUAACCCGUCUUCUACUUGAUCUCUCAUAUCAACCGGACGUUGAUAUGCGCUUCCUGGCUAUCAUGAUGAACUUCAAUAAUGUCUACGACACCAAGCGCCGAAAGACAGCUGGCCCUAGUACAAAAGACAGGGAAAGGGAGAGGGAGAGGGAACGAGAGCGCGAGAAAGUCAAACGAAAGGCUGCGGCUGCUGCGGCUGCCACGGGUUCUGGGACUGACACCGGUGCACCAAGGGAAGUCCGCAGAGAGAGGAGGGAUACUGGGGUGGCUGAUCAGGCUGGACCCGGUGCAUAG